AGUGCAUGAACUGUCAAGUUAAGUGUAGCUUAUUAAGCGACGGAGGAUAUUGCACAGCAGUAAUAAAGUAGUUGCAGAUGAAUCGGCGGUAGAAAUUGGUGAACCCCAGGACCCACUGAUGUUGCUUACGGCUGAUAGGCUUGGGCCUCUCUGCCACAGCUUUUAUCUUCUCGGGGUCUGUUCUCACCUGCCCGCUCUCAAUGAUGUAGCCCAGGAAAGUCACAGAGCUGGCGUAGAAUUUGCACUUCUUGGGUUUGACGAAAAACUUCUUUUCAAGCAACUUCGGGAGAACCUGACGGACAUGGAGGACACGGUCAGACUGAUUGUAUUUGAAGUGACCCAGGGGUGUGUUGGAAUGCUGUUUUCCACUCAUCUCCCUCGCAAAUCCUGACCAGAUGGUACGCAUUUCUGAGGUAGAGUUUUGUGGCUAGUGGCUCAAAAGCAGCAUUAAUUAGGGGAAGAGGAUAUUUGUUUCUCACCAUGAUGUUGUUGAAGCCUCAAUAGUCGAUGUAGGGGUGAAGAGAUUUAUCUUUCUUGGUGACAAAGAAAAAAAAUGCACAGACUGGAGAAGACGAAGAGUGAAUGAUGCCUGCUGCCAUGGAUGCAUUUCUCCAUGGACUCCCUCUCAGGGUGAGACAGGUUAUAUAACCGGCUGGAGGGGAGAGUGGCACCAGGAAGCAGAACAAUGGUGCAAUCGUAUGGACGAUGAGGUGGUAAAGAAAGAGCCAAAUCCUUACAGAAAACCUCACCCAAGUUGUGGUAGACUGCAGGAAUGGAAGUCAGGUCAGGAGGCUCUGGGGCUGGAGUGCCAUCUGUAGGUGGUAGCUUGUAUUGCAGGCAGGUCAAGAGGCAGAAAGAACUCCAGCUGAUGAUUUUGCCGGCAGCCCAGUAAUGGGUGGGUUAUGGAGACUUAGCCAUGUGUGGCCUAGAACAAGCGGGGAAUCAGGAGAUGUGAUGUUUAGUUGAAUAGUUUCACGAUGGUUACCAGACAGACAACUAAAGUUACCGGCACUGUAAAGUGAGUUACUUGGGCCAGGAGCCUGCCAUCAGGGGCAUUGGCGAUGAGGGGCUUUUCCAGGUGUUCCAACGGGAUUCCAAACUGUAUCGCCAUUUCUUGGUCAUCCGCAUCUGAAUCAAAGAGAUCUUGUAAGGACAAAGACUGAUUACGGUGACAAAGAGUAGCUGGUAAUUGCAUGCAUGAGAGGGAUGGGGCUGAAACUGAUGCAUGACUCACCACUACCCCCAUAGCUAGUGGUGAGCCGAAUUGGGCAGUGUUCACAGGCCACAUUUCAGCCAAAAAAAAAAAGUACUUCCACUGAGGCUUUGUGACUUUAAUUCAAGGUACAGCUGGCCCUAUUACAGGCAGUUGUAAAUGUAGAUUAGGGGCCAACAAUCAGAAUGCAGAUAGCAACUAUUUGAUGGUGACGAUGUUAUUAUCCCACCUUAAACCUUCAGUGACUUCAGCCUAUUUGAGUGCUAAAAGAUCUGUUUUGAACAAGCUAUAGUUCUAAUCAUUCAAGUAGAUGGCUGUGCCUUACAUUGGCAGUCACCCUCUCUUGGCAAUUUUGGACCCAUGAAAGCACUCUCCCUAAUGCUGUCUGUGAACAAAUGGUUUUAAAUAAUUAUAUUAGUAGCAAAACUUGAUUUGAUUUCAUUUGAGGGCAGGUCGACAAUAAAACACAGCCGGUAGUCUACGAAUAACACUGUGGGUGCUCCUCACUAACUGACUGUAGUAGUAACAAAAACCUGUAAAUUUAGAUCCUACAGCCACAAUAAUUUAAGAGAAGUUAUUAAAUAAUCUGAGAGAGAAAUUUACUACAUUUCAGGCAUUGUCAGUUUGAGGCAACAAAUUAUAAAUCUGUGGAAACAAAUUAGCAACAAUUUACCAUUCAGUCAUUAAGUCUCUGUUCUGUCCUUCUUACCUUAUACUGUGAGGAACUUUUUAAUUUGUUUGAAGGUCCUUUCAAAAUGAAAGUUUUCCAUUUCUUAUUUUGAUUGCAUGACACUGUGGGACUUUCAGUCUGAUGUUGUCUCUGCAGCCAAUGGCAGCGUCAGACAGAAGGUAUUAAUAUGCUGAGUCAGCGUUUAGCAGGGAAUGGUGGAUGGAGGGCUGUAUGGAGGAAAGUCAGCAGCCGACAUUAGCCUGCAGACGGGACACAUUUACUUACAAACUCCCAAAUACCAACAAGUAAAACGUGCUGAUUUCGUUUCUACAGAGCUGAAUUGUCAGCAGCUCUUCAGGUUGAACUCUUCAUCUUCAUCAGACAGUGGGGGGAGAUUAUUUCACCUCAGAUUGUGUCAGACAUUUUCUAUAUUGUCAUAUAUUUUGAUUCUAGUGAUUUGAUCUGCAUUACUCUAGAUAGUGACAUUUCAAGAAAACACCAGGUAAACUGAACUGGAAACAAGUUAAAUGAUCUCACUCCACUGGCUGAAUCUUUGGAUUAAUUCCAUUAUGUUUUCAGUGUGUUUUAGUUCUCUCUUCAGUGUGACACCAAAGAACCCGAGGAGAGAUGAGCCAGCUCCGCUUUUUGUGAGAUUGAUCAAGCUAAAACCCUGAACGAGGAUGUUUAAUGAGGACGGAAGGAUGGAGAACGUCUCCUCGCACAAACACUUCAUCCUCAACGGCUUCAAUGAACUCGGAGCGCUGAGGCCCGUCCUCUUUAUCCCUUUCUUCGUCAUGUUCGUCCUGUCGCUGUCGGCCAACUCCCUGCUGCUGUACGUCGUCAUUUCACAGAGAAGCCUUCACUCACCGAUGUACAUCCUCAUCGCCUGCAUGGCAUGUGUGGACCUGAGCCUCCCGCUGUUCUUCGUCCCCAACAUGCUGCUGAGCUUCUUGUUUGACUGGAGGGGAAUCUCUCUGAGCGGCUGCCUGGUUCAGAUGCACUUCAUUCACUUUGUAGGAGCUUUUCAGACCACGUUGCUGGUGUGGAUGGCACUGGACCGCUACUUUGCCAUCUGCACUCCACUUCACUACCAUGAACGCAUGGCAUUACCGAGAUUCCUCAAGUUUAUAAUCCCACUUGUGGUCAGAAAUGUCCUCAUGAUCACGCUGUUUGUGAGUCUGGCAGGAACAUUGUCAUUCUGCGCUGCAAAUGUGAUAACCCACUGUUUCUGUGAGCACAUGGCCUUGGUGGAGCUGGCCUGUGGAAGUACCACCAUCAACAACCUGAUUGGGUUACUGACUGUGUUACUCAUCCCUGUGGUUGACUUUGUCUUUAUUGCUGCUUCCUAUGUGGUGAUAUUCAGCUCUGUGCUCAAGUCCGGCAGGUCAGGGGUCAAAGCACUUCACACCUGCAUCACCCACAUCAUGGUCCUCACCAUCAGCUUGACCAUCGCACUUGUUGCUUUCCUGUCAUAUCGGAUCAGAAAUGGUCUUCCUGCCGCCAGUCGGGUUUUCUUCAGCACCAUGUACCUGCUGUUCCCGAGCUGUUUCAACCCGAUCAUUUACGGCAUCAGAACCACUGAGAUCCGACAGCACAUUGUGAAGACACUGACAAGCUGUCGCCUUAUCCAGACUGUGCCCCAUUCUUAAGAAGCUAUUAAAAAUCUGCAAUGUAAAAUGUCUCUAUUAUAUCGAAGCUCAUUUCCAUGAAGAACACAAAAAUAGAUCAGAAGUUAGUAAUGACAAAAUGAAAAUGCUCAUGGUACAUAAAAAUUAUGCUCAAUUCUCUCCUUUUUCGGCAGUUGCCCAGGAUGAGAGGUGCCAGGAAGGAGUGGGGAUACUCAUGAGCCCAGAUGAUAAUGAUUGUGACUGUACUUUUGUGAAAGGCACGAAAUAUCCUUAACAAACACUACAUUUAAGUAAAAGGUAGUUUGUAAGUUCAAGUGUAAUUGGUACCAGAACAGCUUAGGCCAGAAAUUGAUCAUCACCACAUCUAUUCAAUUCAAUUAAAUUUUAUUUAUAUAGCGUCAAUUCAUAACAGAAGUUAUCUCAUUGCACUUUUCCUAUAGAGCAGGUCUAGAACGUACUCUUUAUAACAUCUGCAGCCGUAUGUCUUGGACACUUGGCUAAAGAGAGGAGAAGAGCUGUCAAUGGAUCACCACCUGGUGGUGAGUUGGAUCAGGUGGUGGGGAAGGCUGCCAGACAGACCCGGUAAACCCAAAUGUGUUAUGAGGGUGAACUGCGAACGUCUCCUGUCUGCAGGGUCUUCAAGUUUUCCAGCAUCCCAGGGGAUGUAGAAUCAGAGUGGAUAAUGUUUAAAGCCUCCAAAAUUGUGGAGGCCUCUGCUUGAAGUUAAGGUCACAAGGAAAGGUUGGAGGAAGCAACCAGGGAACUGCUGAACUUGACUGGAGACAUUGCGGGGUAGUGGAAGGAACACUUUUAGGAACUUUUGAAACCGGACCGACAUAUCCACUGUGUAGAAGGAAGGGUUGGAGGACUCGGGGGAAGCCUUACCCUGCUCCUAGGCAGAGAUCUGUAAGGUAGUUAUUAAGCUCUGCAAUUGCAAAGCGCUAAGGGUGAAUGAGAUUUGCCCGAAGAUGCUGAAGGUUCUGGAUACUGUUGGGCUGUCUUAGGUGACAUACCUCUUCGAUGUUGCAGGGAGAAUGGGGACAGUAACUAUGGACAGGCAGACAGGGCGGGAUGUCACCAUUAAUAAAAGGGAACGGGAGGGUGUGCUCCAAUUAUCGCUGUAUCACAUGGCUCAGCCUCCCCGGGAAAGUAUUAAUUAUUAAUGCCAGAGUGCUGGAAGGGACCCUGACACAAGUCGCCAUGUCCCUUGGAGUUUCUUGAGCGAGAUUGCAUCCCUGCUGGCUUCAUCAACCUGUGACCUCAAGCAGGCCCCAGAACACUUUGCCACCAAGGGUGAGGCAAGAUGAGUCAAGUAAACCUUAUUUAUAUGGGACAAUAUCCCAAAAAUGCCUUAAGGACUUUACAAUCUGUACAGCAAACAACACCCUCUCUCCUUAGACCCUUGAUUCUAACAAGUCAUAACACUUUGAGGCAUUGAUACUCUGCUGGAAAAUGGGUUGGAAGUGAGUUGCUGCCCCAAAGUGAUGGAGUUCUUGUUCACGGGUCCAGGUACGAUGGACGGUGAGCUCGACAUGCAGAUUGAUGCUACAUCGGCUGUAAUGUGGGUGUAGUACCAGACUGUCAUGUUAAGAAGCAACUGAACCUGAUGGCAAAGCUCUCAACAAAUUGGUUCAUCUACAUUCCAUGAGUGGCUGGUGUCACCCUUAGAGAUAGGGUAACAAGUUCAGACAUCCGAAGGGAACUUGGUGGAGAACCUCUGCUCCUUCAUGGUAAAAGGAGUCAGUUGAGAUGCUUUGGGCAUCUGAAUCAGAUUCCUUCUGGAUGUCUCCCUGUGAAGGUUUUCUGGGCUUGUCCUACUGGAAGGAGAUCCCGGGCAGACCCAUUUCAUAAUUUUCACUUACAAAAUCAUAGUUUUGACAGGAAAUUAACAUGUGACUUCUCACAAAUUUUGGUCUGAUAAUAAAAGUCAAAUUUUGACUUUGUAUUUAGAACCUAUUAAAAAACAAGUAAUGUACUUCCAUGUAAUUCUAUGGAAGCCCGUGUGAGCUGGAUAGUUUCUUGUCAGGGCAGUGCUUUGGUGAUUGUUGACACCAGGAACAUCUUUUUCAACUAAAGGUCCCUCUACACUGAUAGAUUUUGGUCCAUCCUGUUCUCAUUCCCAGGUUGUCAAAUACUGACGAUUUGUCAUGCACCUUGGUGUCUUAUACAGACGCACAAAGUACCCUCUAUCGUCUGUAUGAGACACACCAGGCUUUCAAUUAACUCCAAUGUAAACCAUCCACGGCAAUAUUAGAUUCUCAGAGGAACUGCUCCGGCUGUCCAUUCACUCCAAUAUUAAACUGACUGUGACCAUCAGUCCUAUUGGAGAACCGAGGACCUGCCGCCCGGAAGUAUUUUCUUCACUGUUCAUUCCCAUGUUAAGGUUUUCUUUGAAUGAUCUCAACAUUUCUCAAAACUACAACAUUGACCUUGACAUUUUAACAAUACGAUAGGUUAUCGAUGAUUUCUCCUUCAACCUAACAAGGCAGCGGCGAAUGGCCGCCCACCAUUGAGUCUGGUUCUGGCCAAGGUUUCUGCCUCUUAAAGGAAGUUUUUUCUUGCCAGU